AGAUUAUUUAGCGAAUACUUUAUAUCUUAUAUUCUAUUAUUUUUUUUUUACGCAUAUAUAGUUCUUAAAAUACAUAGUAUGUAUCAUUACCAUUUCCAGUCGUUAUGGAGAUACAUACAUCGCAUAACCUCGUCAAUGUUUUAAUCUCUUCAAAGAAUAGCAGUUUAGAAGAUGGUCUCGAAUGUCCCUUUGAAGAAGAUGAUCUUGGAGAAGAGGAAGAAUAUGAUGCUUUGAAUGAUGAAACUUUUGGCUCUGAAGCUACUAUUGGCGAUUGGGAAAAAGAUCAUGAAAAACUUGCAGAAAUUACAGAAUCCAAUCGCCCUCAUAAUCAGAAUACUUUAAGCAAAAAAAAUGUAACCAAUUUAGACAUUGAAGAUAAUUUAUCCCAUUUGGUAUUAGAUGAAAAAGAAGGUAUUGUUCCACGUCCUGGAGUAUGGGAUAGUCCUUCCAAUUUAGUCCUUCCUAAACCUCGACCACCUUUGACUUUAUCACCAGCUAUAACAAAUGUAUGCACAGUGGAACAAUUAGAAAAGGGAUUAAUUGCAAAUAGACAACCAUCUAGAUUAAAUAAACCUACUCAAACACAACAACCGCAACAACAACAACAACAACAACAACAACAACAGAAAUCUGAUGGAUCACUUUUGUUUGAAUCUUUGUCUGCACCACCGCGCUUCCCGCCAGGAUUGGGUAUACCUCCACAUCCUGUUGUUUUACCAACAAACAUGAGAUUUCCUCAUCCUCAAUUUUUACAGCAUCCUAGAUUAUUAGCCAAUCAAACUGGAAAUGUACUGAGAUAUCCUAUUGCAGCACAUUUGAUGUUACCACAUACUGCUCAAAGACAACCAAUUCAUGGUUCAUUUUGUAAUAAUUUUCCUCAACCAUCGCUUUCGAAUUUAUGUCCACCUCCAUUUUUACGAGCAGAUCAUAGUAUGAUACCUCCUUUCUCUAGCAAUCAGACCAGUCAUCAACAACAGCAACAUUCUUUUCCGCAUUCUGGAAAUCAAAGAAAUCAAAAUAGAGCUUUUCAUCAUGGGGAACAACAAGGAAAUCACCAACCAUUUUUUAAGAACAAUCAACAUCAUCGUAAUCAUGAUCGAAAUAAUCAACGACAUUAUCAUUAUAAUCAUCACUGUCAAGGAAUAAAUGGAAUCAUCGGAUCAGGAGAAUAUGAUGAAUAUGCCGGUCUCAUGAGUACUCGGGAAAAACAGUGGUUAAUUAAUAUUCAAUUAUUGCAACUUAAUACAAAUGAACCGUAUGUUGAUGAUUAUUAUUACAUCGUUUUCUGCGAUAGAAGAAAUAGGCAAUGUAUAAAUCAAGAGCAAAAAGAUAAAAAACACAAUAACAAUAAUAAUAAUUAUCAUAGAGAUUCCAGAGAUCGAGAACAACCACAUCAUGUACUUUCAAAAUCCAUAUAUACACCAACACAAUUUGAAAAUUCUUUGGGAAAAUUACAGUUUGCUAGUGUUAUUGCACCACGUAAAGUUAUUGAUAUGGAUGUUGUACCAAAUAGUGAUCCUCAAUUAGCUACUCAAAUACAACAAAAAGAUACAAAGCGAACAAGACAAUUGUUACUCGAAAUUGAAAGGUUAUAUAUAAUUCAAUUAAAACUUGAAGAUUUGCAUAAUCCUUUGGCUCUACUUAGCGAGCAACAACAAAAUCAAGAAGAAGAAAAUGAAACAAAUAAUAUUAAAAAAGGUAGCUCAGAUAUAAUAAAUAUGAUAUUAUCAGCUUUUCUUCAAUUGAUACAAGAUGAUAAAUUAGCGAGCAUACUAAGUAUUCGAAAAGGAAAGACGCUGUUGUUAAGGUUCUUACCAUAUUUAAAUAUAACGGACCAUCGUAAUCAAUUAGAAGAAUUAUGGAACGCGAUAUUUCGAGGAUUAGCUAUUAUAGGUCGUAGAGAUUCUCACCUCUUGAUAAGCCUGUAUUCGGAAUUUCAACGAUGGUUCGAUACCGUGCAAAACUUCAAUACAAUAUUUCGAUUAGCUCGAUCGCUAUCUGACUCUGCUAAUCAACCUAUCAAGAACAACAGUUUAGCUUUUGCUUUAACGAACAAGUUUGGUGUAUCUGUAAUUGCUUCGAUGUUUGAACAAGCAGAAAAAUUAUAUCCCACGGAUGAUUCUUUAUCUUCGGAAUGGUCAUCUUUCAUAGCAAACAUCAUUGAAAUAAUUGGUGAAACUCCACCCUGUGUCGCACCUUGUCGACCGAUUGCUGCAAAUACGCUCAAUCAGCAUUUGAAUCGACUAUCUCAUUUAAAAUGCGGGAGAUAUACAAAUCUGGAACUUCUAUUAACUGAUGCCAAUCCUUCUCGAUAGUUAAACGUUAUUAGAUAUUUUUUUGCCAUUUCUUUAAACCUGCUUUUUAUAAUCAUUGAUUGAACGACAAAUUACA